AUUGACUUUUAAAUCAUGAGGGCGGUUUUCUUACUACCCUUGGUUUUGGCAGUAUGUGCUGCCAGUAGCAUUAGAGAAAAAGAUCUAGACUGGUGGGAAACUACGAUUUUCUAUCAGAUAUAUCCUCGUUCCUUCGCUGAUAGCAAUGGUGAUGGAAUUGGAGAUCUCAAUGGCAUCACGUCAAAACUCGAACACAUCAAGGAUAUAGGCGUCGAAGCCAUAUGGCUAUCACCCAUGUUCCAGUCACCAAUGUAUGACUUUGGAUAUGACAUCGCAGACUUCUACGCCGUUCAUGACGAAUAUGGUACAAUGGAAGAUUUUGAGGCUUUAAUGAAAAGAGCUGCCGAACUUGGAAUCAAAGUAGUUCUUGAUUUGGUACCUAACCACACUUCUAAUGAAAGUGUUUGGUUCCAAGAAGCGUUGAAAGGUCACGAAAAAUAUUAUAACUACUUUGUGUGGGAAGAUGGAGUGAUUGAUGAGAAUGGCCAGAGACAGCCACCCAAUAAUUGGCUGAGUCGUUUUCGUGGCAGUGCGUGGGAAUAUAGAGAAGAAGUAGGCAAAUACUACCUCCACCAAUUUGUUAUUGGUCAGCCUGAUUUGAACUACCGUAACCCUGACGUUGUUGAGGAAAUGAAGAACGUUAUUCGUUUCUGGCUCGAAAAGGGUGUUGCUGGGUAUAGAGUUGAUGCAGUUAAUUACCUUUUUGAAGUCGACAAGGCACUGUUUGGUGGUAAAUACCCUGAUGAACCCUUGUCAGGUAAAAUUAACGAAGACGCCGGCUCUCACGCUUCCCUUGACCAUAUCUACACCAAGGACCAGAAUGAAACGUAUUACAUGGUUUAUGAUUGGAGAGAUGUACUAGAUGAAUUCAAAGCCAAAGAUGGUGUUUCUAGGGUGAUGAUGACUGAAGUAUAUGCUACUAUUCAAAACGUUGUAAAGUAUUUCGGUGAAGGUGACAGAGUUGGAGCUCAAAUGCCAUUUAACUUUGACUUGAUUACUGAUGUCGAUGCAUCGUCUUCCGCUGCUGACAUUAAACGGGCUGUUGACAAGUUCUUGACCUACAAGCCAGUGGACAAAGAAGCUAAUUGGAUAGUCGGUAAUCACGAUAACAGUCGCAUGGCUACGAGAUACGGUCCCGCUCUUGUUGAUGGAAUCAACAUGAUCGUCUUGUUGCUUCCUGGUGUUGGUGUUACUUACAUGGGUGAAGAGAUUGGAAUGGUCGAUGGUUACGUCAGCUGGGAAGAUACAGUGGAUCCAAGUGGUUGCAUCACCAAUGACCCGAUUAAUUACUGGAAAUCGUCCAGAGAUCCCGAAAGGACACCUUUCCAAUGGAACGAUGGCUUAAAUGCUGGUUUCUCUACUGCCGAAAAGCCGUGGCUACCAGUUGCUGAAGGUUACAAUACCUUAAAUGUAGAAUUCCAGAAGGCAGCUGAAAAAUCUCACCUUAAAGUCUAUCAGGCCCUAGCUAAGCUCCGUCAAGAAAAAGUCUUCAGAUAUGGCCGCUACGAAUCUUUGGCUUUAAACGAAGAUAUUUUUGCGUUCAGAAGAUGGUACAAUAAUAAAGCCUACAUUAUAGUCGUGAAUAUGAGAGAUACUGACCAUGUGGUUGACCUCACUUAUUUCGAGAACGUUUCUGGAACAGUCCAAGUUGAAUUGAGAAGUGUAGCUUCACCUAAGAAUGAAGGAGAUAAAUAUGACGCCUCUGCUCUCCCUGUUGUUGCUUACGAAGGCCUUGUCCUCGAAGUGAAGUGAAGACAUUUCGUACACUUACAUAAAUACGUUAUCAGAAAUAAAAAUUAGAUAAGAACGUUAUUUUUUUUCUUCCUUCAUGUUUCUCUACUAUGUAAAAUGUAAUUGCAGUA